AUGGCAACUGGCACUAAAGCACCCUUUGGCGCACCAACUACUGAAAAUGGUGCUUCUGGAAAUACUGGAAACGCUGAAAACUCCAACCACCAACAAAAACCUGAGAGACCUCCUGUCGUGUCCAGAUCACAAAGGGCCGGCUUGCAGUUUCCAGUUGGUCGUGUUCACCGUUAUUUGAAAAAACGAACUUUGAAUAAUGCUAGAGUUGGUGCCAAAGCAGGAGUCUAUUUAGCGGCAAUUCUAGAAUAUCUUACAGCCGAGGUACUCGAAUUAGCAGGGAAUGCUUCAAAAGAUCUGAAAGUGAAAAGAAUUACGCCUCGUCAUUUACAGCUUGCAAUUCGAGGUGACGAAGAACUUGAUACACUGAUUCGGGCUACAAUUGCUGGUGGUGGUGUAUUGCCGAUCUAG